CGUGUCUCCAAUAACUCACUUUAAAGAGCGGCUCGUACGCUCAGUGGUUGUUAGUGCGUGUUCCUCUGUAAUUAUUCGCCUUCAAGUUGUCUUUGCAAUGGUCCCGUACUUUUAAAAGGCAGGAAUUUCGUGUGGGAACCGCUCUCCGUGAGGAAGUUUCGCUGGAGAGCGCACUGGACUGUAUCCACUCGGACUGGAUGCUUCCCAGUUACGAUACCGACCGUCCGCAAGACUUCAAGCUCAGGCGCUGGUGAUUGAUUUGAGUCCGCAGGAGAGCAACGAUGAUACGCACUAAUUCACAUUCAAGUUAAAGCGAUUGUAUUUUUGAGCAUUUUGGAUUAACGCAGUUUCUAAAGUGAAUAUGGGUCCUCUUUGGAUCCUUCUAACCGUUUUAAUUGGAUACAGCACCAGCUUGCCCGGAGCACAAGGAGCGUGUGUCCAUCAAGGCUCAUUGUAUGCGAACAAUACAUCAUGGAAACCAGACACCUGUCAAGACUGCGUCUGCUACAAUGAUGUUGUCAUCUGCAAACCUGCUCGCUGCCGAAAUCCUCAGUGUGAUUUUCAGAGGGGUGAACGCCUGAGAAUCCCACCCAAAAAGUGCUGUCCGGAAUGUUUUGCACAGUUGCCCGGGAUCUGUCACCAUGAAGGAAUGGUUUAUGGGCAUGACAGUCAGUGGAGUAAUUCCAAAUGUUCGGUGUGCACAUGCUCUCAUGGGAAGGUGACCUGUGGGCCACGUGCUUGUCCUCCUCUUAGUUGUGGGAAAGACCAGAGUCCUUUCAUCCCAGAUGGAGACUGCUGCCCUGUAUGUGCUCAUAAUGGAGCCUCUUGCUCCUGGGAAGGCCGUCAGUACAGAGAUGGGGUGGAAUGGACAUCUAGCCCUUGUACAAAGUGUCGAUGCAAAAACGGUCAGACCGAAUGCCUGGUGGCAGAGUGUCAGCCAGUUACAUGCAAAGCGAAUGAAAACCUGGUGGUCCAGCCAGGACAGUGCUGUCCGCAGUGUGAGCCGAAUCCCUGCGUGGAGGCUGGGAAUGAAUACAAGCACGGUGAGCAGUGGCAGAAGGGCAGUUGUACCACCUGUGUGUGCGAUCGCGGUCAUUCCCGCUGUCAGACGGAGAAGUGCCCUCCUCUCCACUGUGAUAAGGGUCAGACGAAGGUCAAGCGAGCCGGCCAGUGUUGUGAAGACUGUGUCUCGUCUAAAGGCAGCUGCCUCUACGAGGGCAUCGUCCGUUACCAUGGCGAUAUGUGGAACGGCACGGGUUGCGAGUUCUGCAUGUGUGAACGGGGUCAGGUGCUGUGCCAACGGGUCGAGUGCGCCAGAUCGGAGUGCCCUCGGGGAGAAAAACUGGUCCAUUUGCCUGGGAAGUGCUGUCCAGAGUGUAAGACAACAACCAGCUCCUGUACAUAUUCACAGCCGGAUCAAAAGGGGCAGAAAGCCAACAUGAAGAGUUUUAGACGCCUCACUAAUCUAGAGAGCAUUAAAGAGGGGCUGUGUCGUGAGUGUCAGUGUCAGGACGGUCAUGUGACCUGUUACCAGCAGUCCUGUCCCACCUGUCCACUGGGCACCCUAACUAUACCUCAUCAUGAACAGUGCUGUCCAGACUGCAAUCCAGCAGUGCAGUGUCACAAGGACUGUUUGACAUGCUCUGGCACACCAGAUCACUGUGACAGCUGUCAGGACCCUUCCGCCCUGUUGAUGAAUGGACGCUGUUUGCAGUCAUGUCCUGAAGGCUUUUUCACCCAGGGCAAAGUUUGUGCAGCCUGCCGGCCGUCGUGUGCCACCUGUGAGAAUGACUUUGAAUGCACAGCAUGUGGUGGGUCCUUUCUCCUCAGUGGCAGGCAAUGUGUGACCUCCUGUGAGAGAGGUCUGUUCCAGGACCACACACGCUGUCUCAGUUGCCAUGACUCCUGUUCAUCAUGCAAGGGGGUGGGGCCUCAGGAUUGUUUGACAUGCUCAGACCCCUCCCAUUUACUGAAGAAUGGAUUCUGUGUUUUGGAUUGUGGUGCAAGCUUUUAUGCUAGUCAAGGCAGCUGUUAUGCUUGUGACCCUUCCUGUGCAACCUGUCAUCCCGACAACCCCAGCUGCAUGAGCUGCCCAUCUGAACAUGCACUGCAUCAGGGGAAAUGUGUAUCACAAUGCCCACCCCAGUAUUACAAGGAUGUCCGUGGCCAUUGCCAAGCCUGCCACAGUUCGUGCGCGUCCUGCUCAGGACCAGCUGUGUCUCACUGCACCUCCUGCUCAAAGUCUCUCAUCCUGAACCAAGGCCAGUGUGUGGAGUCCUGCGGAGAGGGCCUGUUCUCCAGAGGGGGACACUGUCACAGGUGUCAUGCAUCAUGUAGGGUCUGUGUGGGUCCGGAUUUCUCAGACUGCAUGCAGUGUGUCAAACAGGAAGAGGUCCUGCAGCCUCAAAAUGGACAUGUCUCUCACGGGUCUUGUAUGUCUGCCUGUAGGCCACAGCAUUACCUUGACGCAGAUCGGACCUGCAGAGAAUGUCACAUCUCAUGUUCAGGCUGCACUGGUGGAAGUUCCCAGGAUUGUACGUCUUGUAUACGACCCAGUGUCCUUCAUCAAGGGCAGUGUUUUGAAAAAUGUCCCCAUGGUUUCCAUGUUCAGGAUCAUACUUGCCAAGCCUGUCAUCCAUCAUGUAAGGAGUGUACGGGCCCGUCUCAGGCUGACUGUUCUGCUUGUCCGGCACACGCUAGUCUCCAUAACGGCUACUGUCGAACCAGCUGCCCUGAGGGCCAGUACCUGAAUGCUGUGGGCUACUGCAUUGAGUGUGAGGAGGGAUGCCAGCGGUGUGUGGCAGACCUGCAGUCUGGCUUUGGCACUGUGUGUUUGUGGUGUAAGGUUCCCAGGAUGCUGCUGCUGGGUGAUCACUGUGUAGCACAGUGCCCACCCAAAUACUACCGGUGGCACGGAGCUUGCAAAAGAUGUCACUCUUCCUGUGAGGAGUGCAGUGGGGAUGGUCCUCACUCCUGUACUUCCUGUUUGGCCCCUGAGGUUCUGGCUCCAUCAGGUCUCUGCAGCCCUCGCUGUCCAACUGGAUAUUAUGCUGAUGAAAACAGGGUGUGCCAAAUGUGUGACACUCAGUGUCAAAGCUGCGAGAUGGCAGGUGUGUGUACGUCAUGUAGAGAUCCAGCUAAAGUGCUUCUGUUUGGGGAGUGUCAGUAUGAGAGCUGUGCUCAUCAGUACUACCUGAACACCACCACGCGCACAUGCAGAGAGUGCGACUGGAGCUGUAACGCGUGCCGUGGACCCCUGCGUAGUGACUGUCUGCAGUGCAUGGAGGGAUACGUCCUGCAGGAUGGCAUUUGUGUGCCGGGUUGCUCACUGGGAUUCUACCAGGAUGCUGAGAGAUGUCUGAGCUGUGAUGAGCAUUGCGAGCAUUGCCAGGUCCAUGGCAGAUGCCAACGCUGCCAGCUGCCAUAUGCCGUGUUGAACGGGCAGUGUGUGCUGGAAUGCGGCAAGCGCUACUUUCUAGAUGACUCGACCCGUCAGUGCACCGCGUGCUCAGCUGGUUGCUUGGAGUGUGUGAGUGCAGGUGAGUGCCGCGUCUGUUCUGAGAGCUCCUUCCUGAAGGGUGGCCAGUGCAUCCUGGAUUGUGGUCACGGAUACUACGCUGACCAAAAAACAAGAGCCUGCCAUGCAAAUAGCCGUGCUCCAUCUCUUUACAUUAAUGGCUCUCUUCUGGUUCCUAUUGGUGGAAUUAAGCUUCUGGAUCUGGCACUCCUGUCAAUUAAGGAUGCAGAUAGCCAAUCAGAAAGCAUGUUGCUUCAGCUCCUUCAGCCGCCUAGUAACGGGCAUCUCGUGGUCCUGGAGAACGACAGAGAGAGAACACUGAGCAGAGAUGACACUUUUACAUUUACCCAGCUCAAACGUAGAGCUGUGCGCUUCAUUCACGACAAAGAGCAGCCCAAAAGUGGGCAGUUCAUGUUAAGGGCAGCAGAUCCUCAGCUUUUCUCUCAGCCUCAGAGUGUUACUGUGCAGGCGCUCUCCCAGCAGCCACCCACUGUGAUAACCAACCAGAUUCUGUACAUUAACUCUGGUGAGACGGCCGUCAUGAGCAGAUCUAUUCUUCACAUCAGUGACCUUGAUAAUCCACAGGACGUUUUCAUCACCGUUCUGGAUCAACCUCAACAUGGCCACCUGACACACGUGCAUAGUGAUGUGCAGGUAACCCAUUUUAAACUGGAAGACCUGGAUCGUGAGCAGCUGCAGUACGUGCAUGAUGGUUCAGAGGGAGAGCGGGACAGACUUCUGCUGCAGGUCAACGAUGGGCACAGCUACCAGAACAUCCUGUUUCACAUCAGCAUUGCGCAAAAGGUUGGAUUUACAUCUCACCUGCGUUCAGUGCCGAAGACCUGGGUGAGGGAGGGAGGAAUGGUGCAGCUGUCUAAAAAGUGCCUCAAUGCUCAGUUCCAAGGAGCCAGUGACUCUGAAAUCCUGUACACCAUUCAUUCUGAGACCGGACAGCCUAAAUACGGAGAGAUUGUGCUGGUGUCUAUGCCUGCUGAUGGUCCUGUGGAGGCAUGGGAGUCCUUCCCAGAUGGUCAGGACCCCACACCAACCAGCUCAUUUACACAGCAAGAUGUUAACGAGGGAACUGUCUGGUACAGACACUAUGGAUCCGGUACACAGAGAGACACUUUUCAAUUUCAGGUUUCAAGUGAGGUCUAUCCAGAAACUCUGAGUGAUACACAGAUGUUUACUAUAGGAGUGAUGCCUUUGACCCCUGGCUUGCCUCAGCUCUCACCUGGAGCCGAUCUGCAGAUCACUGCACUGGAAGAUCGCGUGACUGUGCUAUCUCCGUCUGCUCUCUCCUUCACUGCCUCUGAGACGCCCAGUGACAAGCUUGUCUACAACAUCACCAAGGCGCUUACCUCAGGCCACGGUACACUGGAGCACAGGGACAGACCGUACCAUCAUGUGCGUUUCUUCACCCAGGCUGAUAUAGACAGUGGCAAAAUUAUCUACAGACCCCCACAAGCCCCAUCCCACCUUCAGGAGCUUUAUCAGUACUCAUUUACAGGUCUGCCAGAGUCAGUGAGCCUCCAUUUCACAGUUUCUGAUGGAGAGCACACCACUCCAGAGAUGGACUUUGCUAUUCUGCUGUUGACCAAUCAUCAGCAGCCGCCAGUCUUUCAGAUUCUUGAUCCGGUGCUGGAGGUCAGUCUCGGCGGCAGGGCUCCAGUGGGUGGGCGACAGUUAGCAGUGACGGAUGCUGAUACAGCCCCUGAAGAGCUAGAGUUUGAGUUGGUGGAGGGGCCGCUACAUGGAACCCUCCUGAGAGUGGAUCUUGGCUCCCAGGUCCAGAUGGUCAAUGGGGACACUUUUACCUCUAGUGACGUCACCAGGAAUGUUCUGCAGUAUGAACACGCCGGUCUCACCACUGAAGAGGACUCCAUGACUUUCUCUGUGACGGAUGGGAUCUCCAUGACUUCCAUCACGGUGCAAGUCUUGGUGUCGGAGGUCAAAGGUGAUGCACCCAAACGAGACCCUAAGGCCUUGCUGUCCAUGGAGGUGGCGGAAAAGAGCAGCACCAUGAUUAGUCGUUCACAGUUAGCUUAUAUGGAUGACGAAUCUCCCGAUGAGAACAUUUUUGUACAGUUAGUUUCUGUACCAAUGUAUGGGAUCCUCACCAAAACCAAGUCUGAAAAAGACCAUGAGGAACUGAGUGAAUAUUCCUCCUUUACAAUGGAGGACAUCAACAAGCAGAAAAUCAGGUAUAAUACAUCCUUUGAAACGGGUAACCAGCCUGUCACUGACAUUUUCCACUUCAUCGUCUAUGAUGGUGAAAACAAUCGUUUGGAAAACCAGAUGUUCACUAUCACCAUCACGUCUACCCAGAGACAGCCACCUGUUGUCACCAUCCGCAGCGGCAUUAAGGUUCAAGAAGGAGGGAGAGUCCAGCUCUCAGCCAAUCACAUUAUUGCAUCUGACCCAGACACACCCAGAAAGGACCUCCUGGUGUGGCUGAUCAGCCCACCAAAGUAUGGGUUUAUUGAGAACACAAAACAAGCAGCAAUUGGUGGAUCUCGCGUGAUCACCCCCGACAUCCCCUUCACUAUUGAAGACCUCACCUCAGACCAUAUCUUCUACGUUCAAAACAACCGCCAAGCCAACAUCCGCCAGGACGUCUUCAGCUUUUACAUCAGUGAUGGAUCAAGUCAAACUGAGGCUUUUGAUAUCACCAUAGACAUCCAGCACACCAAGGAGGACAGAGUCCCAAUUAUCUCGGUAAACAGCAUCCAAGUGGAGGAGAACUCUGGUGUGGUCAUUACUAACUCCUCCCUGAAUGUGCUAGACCAGGACACACCUGAAAAUGAGCUUCUUCUCACCCUCAUCAAGAAGCCUUCAUACGGGAAGCUACGCAGAAGGCAGUUCUACUCUCAACCUUUUGAGAACGGCAGGAUUCUUCAGCAAGGAUCCACUUUCACUUACCAGGAUGUUCUUGAUGAGCUCCUGGUCUACACACCAGACAGACGUGGCUCUGGGACCGACGAGAUCCAGUUUUCAGUAACAGAUGGCAUAUACACGGAGACCGGUCGUCUGGAGUUCAGUAUGGAUAUUAGGAAGAGAGAAGGCCCUAGAGUCACAAUCAACAGAGGACUACAGAUUGCAGCAGCAGGCUCCUCAUCUAAGAUCACAGAGCAGCAUCUGAAAGGGACGGACAUAGAUUCAGAUAACCUUAAGCUGCGGUUCACCCUUACUAAAGACCUGAGUGUGGGCUCCCUGCUGCUGAAUACAGGCAAAAACAAGGCUCAGAUAUCUGUCAAAGGACCUGUCACCAGCUUUACCCAGGAAGACAUCAACAAAGGACAUGUGGAAUACAUUCAUGAAAAGGGAGAAAGUGGAGGCAGCUUCUCUUUCAAGUUCAACCUAGAAGAUCCAGAGGGAAACAGAGUCAUUGACCAGUCUUUCUUCAUUAGCGUUCUGGAGGACAGACUUCCUCCCACUGUGGUGGUUAAUAAGGGUUUGGUUGUGGAUGAGAAUACCUUGAAGAAGAUCACAACACUGCAGCUCUCCUCUACAGAUCAGGACAGUGAACCAGAUGAACUCAUUUACAGAAUCACCAAACAGCCUCAACUUGGCCAUCUAGAACAUUCCAGCAAACCAGGAACACGGAUCAGCACGUUUACCCAGGCUGACCUGGCCUCCCGCAACAUUCAGUACGUUCAUACCAGCGAAGAGGAGAUACACUCUGAUGACUUCACCUUCACUGUGUCUGACGGAGGCAAUGAGAUUUCACAGACGUUUUACAUCACCAUCCGGCCGGUGGACGACUCUCUGCCCGUCCUCCAGGUGCCAGGGAUGAGGGUGCAGGAGGGUGUAAGGAAGACCAUCACUGAGUUUGAGCUGAAGGCUACUGAUGCUGACACAGAGGAGGACUCUGUUACAUUCACUAUCGUUCAGGCUCCUCGUCACGGGACCAUUGAGCGCACAAGUAACGGUCAGCAUUACCGGCAGACCAACACCUUCACUAUGGACGACAUCUAUCAGAACCGCAUCAGUUACAACCAUGACGGCAGCAACUCCCUCAAAGAUCGGUUUACCUUCACUGUCGGUGAUGGUACCAACAUGUUCUUCAUCAUCGAAGAGGGUGGAAAAGAGGUUGUCACCGCUGCUCCACAAAAGUUUAAAAUUGAUAUAUUACCUGUUGACGACGGGACCCCUCGUAUUGUCACCAACCUUGGCCUGCAGUGGCUGGAGUACAUGGAAAAUAAGGCCACCAAUCUCAUCACCAAGAAAGAGCUUCUCACUAUUGAUCCAGACACAGAUGAUGGACAGCUGACUUAUGAAGUGACUACAGAAGCUAAACAUGGCUACCUGGAGAGUAAACUCAAUCCUGGCAAACCUAUCACCUCUUUCACGCAAGCUGAUAUAAACCUGGGCCUUAUCCGAUAUGUUCUGAGUGAGGACAAUGUUCAGGAGACCAUGGACAACUUUAGGUUCCUUGUGAAGGACAGCAAACCCAACAUCGUCAGUGACAAUGUGUUUCACAUCCAGUGGUCUCUUAUCAGCUUUGAGCACAAGAGCUUCAAUGUGAGUGAAAAAGAUGGAACGGUGGCGGUCACAGUGAAGAGGACCGGUAAUCUGAACCAGUACGCUAUUGUUCUGUGUCGUACCGAGCAAGGCACUGCCACCUCCACCUCCAGCAUGGGCUCUCGGGCCGGACAGCAGGACUAUGUUGAGUAUGCUGGACAAGUUCAGUUUGAUGAGAGAGAGGACACCAAGGUGUGCACUAUUGUGAUCAACGAUGACCAGGUCUUUGAGAACAUUGAGAGCUUUAAUGUGGAGCUGAGUAUGCCGGUGUACGCCCUGCUGGGGUCAGUGACCCGCGCAAAAGUCAAUAUCAAUGACACGGAGGAUGAACCCACCCUGCAGUUUGAUAAGAAGACUUACCACGUCAAUGAGAGCACAGGCUUUAUUUUUGCUCCGGUUGAGAGAAAGGGUGACACCAGCAGCACCGUCUCAGCCCUCUGCUACACUGUGUCUAAGUCAGCCCGGGGCAGCAGCCUGCAUGCUCUCGAGUCCGGCUCUGACUAUAAGACACGUGGCAUGAGCAGCGACAACAGAGUCAUCUUUGGCCCCGGUGUGAGCAUGUCUACCUGUGACGUAAAGCUGAUUGAUGACAGUGAGUAUGAACUCUCUGAGGAGUUUGAGCUGGUGCUGUCGGAUGCCUCGGACAAUGCACGGAUGGGUGAUGUCACCGUGGCUAAAGUCAUCAUAGACGGGCCAAAUGAUGCCUCCACUGUCUUCCUGGGGAAUGCGUCCUUUACCUUCAGUGAAGAUGCAGGCACUAUUGAAAUCCCUGUUCUGCGGCAGGGCAGUGACCUUUCCUCAGUUGCCUCUGUGUGGUGUGCCACACGUCCUGCGGAACAAGAUUCAGCUACACCCGGCGUUGACUACAUCCCAAGUUCCAAAAAGGUGGAGUUUAGACCAGGCAAGACUGAAGAGACAUGUAGUUUGACCAUAAUGGAUGACAUUCAGAACCCUACGAUCGAAGGGAAAGAGUCCUUCAUCGUGUUUCUUAGUUCUCCCAAUGGAGCGGUACUGACUGAACCAUACGAAGCCUCUGUCUACAUCACAGACACCACCCAAGACAUACCUAGCAUGCAGUUUGACAAGCUGGCGUAUACAGUGAAGGAAAAAGAUGGUGUCCUGCACAUCCCCAUUUUUAGGACAGGAGAUCUGUCCUAUAAGUCUUCCGUCCGUUGCUUCACACGCACAAUGUCUGCCAUGGUGAUGGAUGACUUUGAGGAAAGAAGAAAUGCAGAUGAUUCCAGGAUCACCUUCAAAAAAGGGGAAAAGGUGAAGAAUUGUACCAUAUUGAUCCAAGAUGACUCUGUGUUUGAGCCUGAGGAGGAGUUCCAAGUCCACCUUGGAAGCCCACAGGGUGACCACUGGAUUGGAGCCAUGAUUGGAGUCAACGACAUUGUGACUGUGACCAUCACAAAUGAUGAAGAUGCACCUACGAUCGAGUUUGAACAAGCCUCAUAUCAAGUUCGUGAACCCCCUGGUCCUGAUGGGAUUGAGGUUUUAAAUAUCAAGGUAAUCCGUAAAGGAGACCUUGAUCGUACCUCCAAGAUCCGAUGCAGUACAAGAGAUGGAUCAGCCCAGUCAGGUGUAGACUAUAACCCCAAGAGUCGAGUCCUUAAGUUCAGCCCUGGCGUGGACCACAUCCUGUUUAAGGUAGACAUCCUGUCCAAUGAAGACAGAGAGUGGCAUGAAUCUUUCUCGUUGGUCCUUGGUCCAGAUGACCCUGUUGAAGCUGUGCUUGGAGAGAUCACAAUGGCAACAGUCACCAUCCUAGAUCAGGAAGCUGCAGGAAGUCUCAUCCUUCCAGCCCCACCUAUUGUGGUGUCUCUGUCAGACUAUGACUAUGUCCAGGAGGUCACUAAGGAGGGCAGUAAGAAAUCUCCAUCUCCUGGAUAUCCUCUGGUCUGUGUGACUCCCUGUGACCCCCAUUACCCCAAAUACUCUGUCAUGAGAGAGCGCUGUGAGGAGGCAGGCAUCAACCAGACCUCUGUCCACUUCAGCUGGGAGGUUGCAACUCCUACAGACACCAACGGAGCACGAUCACCCUUUGAGACAGUGACGGAUAACACACCUUACACCACGGUCAAUCACAUGGUCCUGGACAGUAUCUACUUCAGCAGACGUUUCCAUGUGCGUUGCGUUGCUCAGGCCAGAGAUAAAGCCGGGCACCUGGGAACUCCACUGAGGAGCAACAUUGUCACUAUUGGCACUGAGGGAUCAAUAUGCCACACCCCCGUCACCACAGGAACCGCUCGAGGCUUUCAGGCUCAGUCCUUUAUUGCCACUCUAAAGUACCUGGAUGUCAAACACAAAGAGCAUCCAAACAGGAUCCAUAUCUCAGUGCAGAUCCCUCAUCAGGAUGGAAUGCUUCCAUUGGUGUCCACCAUGCCUCUGCAUAACCUACACUUCCUGCUCUCCGAGUCUAUUUAUCGUCAACAGCACGUCUGCUCCAACCUGGUCACACUUAAAGACCUGCAUGGUAUCUCUGAAACCGGCUUCUUGGACGAUGUGUCGUAUGACAGCAUAUCCCUGGGUCCCGGAUAUGACCGUCCAUACCAGUUCAACCCUACUGUUCGAGAACCCAGAACCAUCCAGCUAUACAAGCAUCUUAAUCUAAAGAGCUGCAUAUGGACAUUUGAUGCAUAUUAUGACAUGACAGAACUUAUUGAUGUAUGUGGAGGAUCAGUAACUGCUGACUUUCAGGUCAGAGACUCGGCUCAGUCAUUCCUGACGGUGCAGGUGCCGCUCUACGUGUCCUACAUCUAUGUGACGGCUCCUCGUGGAUGGGCCUCCCUGGAGCACCACACAGAGAUGGAGUUCUCCUUCUUCUAUGACACAGUCUUGUGGAGAACAGGCAUCCAGACAGACAGCGUGCUGUCAGCUAGAUUACAGAUAAUUCGGAUCUUCAUUAGGGAUGACGGACGACUGGUAAUUGAGUUCAAAACCCACGCCAAGUUUAGAGGUCAAUUUGUCCCUGAACAUCACACCCUCCCUGGACAGAAAUCUCAUCUGAUGGCUCCAGAUCACUUGGGAGGCAUUGAAUUUGACCUGCAGCUGAUGUGGAGCGCACAGUCCUUUGAUUCACCCUACCAGCUCUGGAGAGCCACAAGCUCCUACAGCAGGAAGGACUACUCUGGGGAGUACACGGUCUUCCUCAUCCCCUGCACGGUACAGCCAACCCAGGCAUGGGUCGACUCUGGGGACAAGCCUCUUUCCUGCACGGCCCAUGCUCCAGAGAAAUUCCUGCUGCCCAUCGCCUUCCAGCAGACGAACCGCCCUGUUCCUGUAGUCUACUCUCUAAAUACUGAGUUCCAGCUUUGUAAUAACGAGAAGGUCUUUUUAAUGGAUCCUGCUCUCGCAGAAAUGUCUGUUGCUGAGAUGGACUACAAAGGAGCAUUUUCAAUGGGUCAAACGUUGUAUGGCAGAGUGCUGUGGAAUCCUGACCAGAACUUGAAUUCAGCCUACAAGCUACAGCUGGAGAAAGUGUAUUUGUGUACAGGACGGGAUGGCUAUGUGCCCUUCUUUGACCCCACAGGCACCCUGUAUAACGAAGGCCCUCAGUAUGGCUGCAUUCAACCGAACAAACACCUCAAACACAGGUUCCUGCUUCUGGACCGAAAGCAGCCUGAUGUCUGCGACCGCUACUUUCACGAUGUUCCCUUUGAAGCCAGCUUUGCAUCUGACAUUCCAGAUCUUCAGUCCUUGUCUGCGAUGCCAGGUGUAGACGGCUUCACAAUGAAGGUGGAUGCCCUUUAUAAGGUUGAAGCAGGGCACCAGUGGUACCUCCAGGUCAUCUACGUUAUUGGACCCGAGUCCAUAUCUUCUCCCAGAGUCCAGCGCUCAGUGACGUAUGAGCUCAAGCGAAGUCGCCGAGACCUGGUGGACCGUUCAGGUCGUCUAAUGCUGGAUGAGUCCUUGAUCUACGACAAUGAAGGUGACCAGGUAAAGAACGGCACCAACAUGAAGACCUUGAAGCUUGAGAUGGAACCAUCGGGCACCUUCAAUCCCCAGAUGGGAGGAUCCAUCGGGGGUGGCAUGGCGGCCGUCGUCCUACUUUUCCUGAUUCUCCUAGCCUUCUGCAUCAUGGUCAGAAAGUGCCGCAGGGUUGUAAAAAAGAGGCCUGCGAAGGCAGUGGAGGAUUAUCCUCUGAACACAAAGGUGGAAGUGUGUAUAGAACGUCUGGAGAAAAACCUCAACAGCAAGCACUGCUCUGUAAGAAACAUCAACGUCCUCAACAAGAACCCGGAGACCUACAAGGUCAAUGGGGUCAAGGUCAAACAGGUCAAUCUGGAGGUCAAACUACACAACAAUCUGAACGACGGCACUGAAGUUUGACCUUCUAGAGUAUUUAAUGAGAAAAAGAAACGUUUUCUAUAAAUAUUUGUAAUGACAUGAUGUUAAUGUAUUUUUGUAUGACCAUGAGGAUAAAAGGGAAAGUAUGCUUGCCAGCUAUGCAGUGUAAAUCAUUUCACAACUGAGCUACCUCAAACAUUAAUGAACAACACAUAAUAGUGUCAUCAAAUCUCAGUUUUAAAUCAUCGCUCUGUAUGAGAAUCAUACAACGGUUCAGUGGUAGCUCAGACACUUUGUUUAAAUGAAUGGAGAGUUUAUAUCGCUGCACCUGCUAUUUUGUCACGUUAGUAACACAUGAAAGUAUUAAGGGAAGGAUGAGUGCCAACACUUUGGACCGGGUGAGUGAUGUAAAUACGUUUAUCAAGUGCAAUUAUCGGAUGACAUGGUCGUCCCUGUAUUUUGAUUUGGCUUUUGAUGCUCUGCCUCAUUGUUGUAAUUUACUUUUGGCCUGAUCACCGGUGUGCCAUGCUGAUAUUUGUCAAGUGCGAUUUAUUUAAUUCCAAAUCCAAAUAGACUGCCCAAAGUGAUACAUUUGUUAGUUCGUGUAAACCUUUGGUACAUGUCAAUGAGAAACCAAGUGUUUUGAUGAAUUGUAUGAGAUAGAUCAUAGAUUUGAUAACCACUAUUGAUUUGUUGUCAAUCUGCUGACUCCAUUGAAAUGCUGUAGCCUGUAUUAUUUUACAACACUGGAUAACAAAACGUAUUUUUGUUUUAUAUGACUGCUGUCUGUGCUGAUAUAACCAAACACUACCAAAAAUCUUCACAUGGAUUUUUUUAAAGAUUAUCCACCUCAUGUUAUCCUGCAUUAUUUAGUCUUGUAUUAAUGUCACAUCAUGUAUUAAGUAAGGCACAUCUAUAGUUUGUAUAGUUUAUCACUCAAAUGUUCUGUGUUGAUGUAUUAAGUCGUCACUUGUCACAUGGUGCUGAUUUGAUCAAGAAUAUCCACAAUCUUUAAAGCACUGGGUGUAGUGUGGGAAAUGCUAUAAUUAAUGCUUCAUAAUAAUCUCUCUCUCUCUCUCUCUCUCAUUUCUCUGUAUUUGGAGUUUUAU